GACCGCUACAUCUGAGCCAUUCACCACUUUGUGCCGGCUCAGCCAGCGGAUACAAGAUCAUCUGAUGUCCUGCAUAUCAACGUACGGAGGCCAAUGCUGCAGUAGGAGACUUUGGCUGACUAAAGGGUGCGUGUGGUGCUGGAGGAGAUCAUGGAGAAGCUCCCAGAGAAAUUCAACAUGGUGGAUCUGCUGGGGAGGGCGGAGGAGAGGACUCCCUACCAGGUGGUGGCGCUGCAGGAGUGUGAGCGCAUGAACAUUCUGACGCAGGAGAUCAGACGCUCCCUCCACCAGCUCAGCCUGGGACUCAAGGGAGAGUUAACCAUGACCGGUGGAACCUUCAGAAUGCUGUUUUUCUGGACAUUGUGCCAGACGGUUGGACGAAGCGGGCGUACCCCUCCAUGUGCGGCCCUGUGGUUCUCUGACCUGCUGCUCAGGAUCAAGGAGCUGGAGGCCUGGUCAGCAGACUUUGUCUUACCCUCUGUGGUGUGGCUGGCCGGCUUCUUUAACCCACAGUCCUUCCUCACUGCCAUCAUGCAGGCUAUGGCUCGAAGGUAG